AUGUCGUUAAAACGCACCCUUUUCAUCACCUUACUGGCCCUUUCUCUACUCGUAUUCAGUAUUCACGCAUCCCCCGUACGUCGUGCCGAAAUUGGCAAAAAAGUGAGCGUUACCUUAACCAAACUCGAUGCUACAAUUACAUUCGAACAAGUUGACGUCAAUAAAGUCACGGUUUCUGGUCAAAUCCAUAAAGGCCUUACGGUUAAUGAUCCUAACGUAUAUGCUGUUGUAGUUGGAAUUACAUCCACUACCUUUGCACAAUUGGGUAUAGAAAUCCAGCUACCUGGUACCAAGCCUUUCAGUGCGACUGGUCCUGGAGAUGUCGAUUUUUUGGUUGGCCAAACUCUUGAAAUUACUAAAGACAAAGAGGUCCUUGAUAGUGGA